AUGCCGCCAAGAAAAGCAAAUAAAGGUACCGUGACUCAUAGAGCAGCCAAGAAGGAAGCUGUUCUGGACUACGACAUUGACAAGGAAUACCAAGGUGUCACUGAAGUUGACAAACAGAAGGGUAUAAAUCAAAACACGUCUUUGGAGCAGGAGAAUGAAAAGUUGAAAGGGCUAGAGCAAGAAGCUGAGGCAAAAACUACUGUUGUUGGUUAUUAUUUCAACCAAAUAGAUGAAGUGAUCAACACAAGACAUGUGUUUCAAAUAUUCAUGCUUGUAUUCUUGAUGAAUUUGACAUAUUUGGCAUUCAAAGACAAAGAACUGGCUGGAGAUGAGAAUGCAAUGACUACUAUGAUCACAUGUGGAUGUGUUUUGUUGGCAUGUGGCUUAGAGUGUUUUGCUGUUUUAAAUUCCAAAUUCAAGAAUUUUAAUGAAGGGAAAAGUAUUACCAAGCCGGAACUAUUAGAUUUCGAUUACAUAUAUUCUGUUUUUUUCCCCUUAAUUGUGUGCACAUUAAAGAGUCCUGAAAAUAUUGCACUUGUUGCAUGCUGUGUUGCACAAUUGAACUACAUGAAUGUGUUUGUGAAAAUCAUGGUUUCCUAUGUUGUUUUGUUCCAAUUCAACAUAGAAGGUACCAUUUGGACUACGCAGACUUUGACAUUACCGUUAACAAACGCUUUUUUCUAUGAAUGUAUUAACCGGUUUAUUGCGAACGAACUACCAAUUUAUGAGAAAACGUUCCUUGGUUUGUUAUACACGUCACUAACAUUUUUUAUUACUAAAGACAGUAAUAUUACCUUGUACAUUAUGAAAAACUUAGUAUUAUCAUUCACAAUUGCCCUUAUUUUCACGUCGCCGUUGCUAGAUCUCUACCGUAAAACACAAGAGAGAAGUAUGAAGGUGUCAUUGUUGGUUGUGCUCUACUUACUAUUUUUGUCACUUGGAUUGAUCAUCAGUGACAAGCUGUUACUGUCCAAAUUAGGUAAGUUCCCAUUCAAUUGGUUGGUUGAAUUUAUUAAUGAAAAUGAGGCUAGAAGGGAAAUGUUUCAAAAAUGGAGUAUUAGCUCCGCCUUGUUGGUUCCAUCGGUCUUUUUGUUCUUCAGUAAAUUCCAUGCUAGUUUAUCCAUCAAACGUAAGGUUUGGCACUUCAUCAUUUUCAUGAUGAUCAUUCCAGCUAUAUCCAGGGAACCGGAACUGGUCUCUAUAGCCUUGUUUGGCAUGACUGGGGUUUUAAUUUUUGUGGAAACGCUCAGAUGUAACGAGCUACCACCUUUUGGCAAACUAAUUAAACAUUUGUUUGAGAAGUACGAGGAUAGCAAGGACAACAGCGGUAAAAUCAUCACCAGCUACACAUACCUCAUUGCCGGUGUGGCCCUACCUUUUUGGUUGAACAACUGCGAUGCCACCCGUGAAUCAAGCUACAUGGGUCUCGUCGUUCUCGGCCUGGGUGAUGCCUUUGCCUCUCUUGUUGGUGGCUUCUGUGGAAGUUACUCCUGGCCACAAUCGAAAAAGACCAUCGAGGGAAGUCUGGCCAUGUUUGUGGGCAUUGUAGGCGGGUUCCUAUGUGUAGGCUACUUUGCCGGAACUGCCUCCCCUCUCAAUUGGACCAACCGUGUUCUCUGUGGAAUUUUGUGCGCCCUCUUUGAAGGGAUUGUUGACGUCAACGACAACCUCUUUCUGCCGGUGUUUGCCUACACCGUGGCAGAGCUCUUGAUCCUGUUUAACUAG